CGGAUAACUUCUCUCUAAAGGAAAAUACUGUUUAUGGUUUUGACCGAAGAUUUCAAGAUGUCUCGCACCGACGAGGUUCACCGCAUAACGGAGAAUGUCUACAAGUCCAUCAUGGAACAGUUCAACCCCUGCUUGCGGAACUUCGUUGCCAUGGGGAAGAGCUAUGAGAAGGCCCUAUCCAAUGUGACGUUUGCUGCUAAGGGCUACUUUGAUGCCUUGGUGAGGAUGGGAGAGCUCGCCAGUGAGAGCCAGGGGUCCAAGGACAUGGGGGACGUGCUGUUUCAGAUGGCGGAGGUCCACAGACAGAUCCAAGUACAGCUAGAGGAGAUGCUGAAGUCUUUCCACAACGAGCUGCUGUCUGAGCUGGAGAAGAAGGUUGAGCUGGAUGCUCGUUACCUGACGGCUGCGUUGAAGAAGUACCAAGUGGAGCACAAGAGUAAGGGAGAGAGUCUGGAGAAGUGUCAGGCUGAACUGAAGAAACUCCGCAGGAAGAGCCAAGGCAGCAAGAACCCCUCCAAGUACGGAGAGAAGGAGAUGCAGUUUGUGGAGACCAUCAGUAGUAAGCAGAGUGAACUGGACACCUUCAUAGCAGAGGGCUACAAGACGGCUCUGUCUGAGGAGCGCAGGAGGUACUGUUUCCUGGUGGACAGACAGUGUGCUGUAGCCAAGAACAGCAGCGCCUACCACGGCAAGGGUAAAGACCUGCUGACCCAGAAGAUCCCAGUAUGGCAGCAGGCUUGUUCAGACCCCAACAAGCUACCAGAGCGGGCCAUGCUCCUAGCCCAGCAGAUGGGCUCCGGGUCCAGCACGGGCACCGCUUCCCUGACCAUGGGCGGCUCCAGCCCCCUGAACACCUCCAAGUCUAACCUGUCCAACCUGGUCAUCUCUGACCCCAUCCCCGGGGCUCAGCCACUCCCUGUCCCCCCAGAACUGGCCGUCUUCAUGGGUGGUGGGCUGGGGCACCAGGCGAGGCUGAUGGGUUCAGAUGGGAUGUCCAUGGUGAACGGUACGACAGGACUCCACGGAGAGGAAGAGUACUGGACAGAGGGGGGUGGGUCAGUCUCCCAGCUCCAAGGAAGACCCUCCUCCCCCCAGGCCCCUUCCCUACCCCAGGGACAGGCCCCCACCCAGAGACAGGUCAGUGAGCACUACUCCAAUACCCUGCCCGUCCGCAGGCCCCAGCCUGCCAAGAACAAGACCUCUGUUGGUGAGACCCGUACCCUGCCCAGGUCUAGCUCCAUGGCAGCGGGGCUGGAGAAGAACGGUCGUGCCCGUGUCCAGGCCAUCUUCUCCCACGCGGCCGGAGACAACGGCACCCUGCUCAGCUUCUCUGAGGGAGACGUCAUCACCCUGCUGGUCCCAGAGGCCCGUGACGGAUGGCACUAUGGGGAGAACGAGAAGAACAAGAUGCGUGGCUGGUUCCCCUUCUCUUACACACGUGUGCUGCCAGAGAGUGAGAAGGAGAAGCUCCAGGUGAAUCUGCACCAUGGGAAGAGCAGCAGCACCGGGAACCUGCUGGAGAGCGACAUGUCUCUGCCCAUGCCCGACUACGGCCUGACUGCCCGCCUGCUGGCACAGAGCCUGGCACAGAGCAGACCCAGGCCCUACAGCAUGGCAGGCUUUACCACACAGCCUGCCCUUGAGGACUAUGACAGUCGCUUUGCUGCUGCAAGUUCUGAUCCCGAUGGCAAAUUGAUUUCGACAGUGUGAGAACAGACAGACAGAGACAGCUCCCUACCGGAUAGCACAGGGGCCUCCCCCUCUCUUCCCAGCCCCCCCUCCCCUUCCAGUCUCUCCCCAACAAUCUCACCACUUAGUCUCUCCACCUCAAUCUCACCCCUUAGACUCUCCCCCUUAGUCUCUCCCCCUCAGUCUCCCCUUAGUCUCCCCUUUAGUCUCCUCCCUGUAUCCCCCUCCUCCCCCCUGCUUCCACGCACUCCUUCUCCAAGUGGAAGAGCUCCAAGUCUCAUCCCUCCUUUCUGUCCUUUCUUCCUCUCCUUGAUCCCUCCUUCACUCCUUCCUUCCUCGGGUCGGUGGCGGUGACAGUGGCGGUUGGUGGGUAGAGGAUGAGGAGGGCGCUGAGAGGGAGAGCCAGGGAGGAGCCCGUCCACCAAUCGGCUUGCAGCGUUUCCCACUCUGAGCUCUAAACUUUGAACUUCUCUAUCUAAUCAAUGUCCGUGCGAGAGACAAAAUGGACACUACUAACUCUCAAUCUCAAACAAGAGACUGCCUUUGCCACUGCUUGUCUUUGACUUUCAUGCAUGUACAUGGUUGUGUCAUUUUGUUCAAUCUGAAAAGACAUGUUCGUGUACGGUACAAGUGCCAAAAAUAUCAACAUUGUAUACAGUCAUUGUACUCACUCAGCCACUGGACUAAACUGCUUUUCUAAAGCACGUAGAAUGACUAAACAUGAUAAUGGAGACUUUGGAUGUGUCAAAUGGAACCCUAUUCCCUAUGUACAUUUUGACCAGGGCCCUUAGGGGCCAUUCUAUAGGGAAGGGGUGCUAUUUGGGACAUAGCCUUUGUUUGCAGUGAGGCUGUGCAGAUAUUCUGUCUGUUGUUCCUUUGAUAUACACUAUGUGGCGCUGCACUCAUUGCCUGGUGUGACCUGUCAACGCUGAUGUCGAUUUGAGGUUUUUGUCGACUGCGUCAUUAUGCCUUACUUCUGAAAUGUUCCUUUUUUCUGUGGUAGUUUAAUGUGCAACUUAGGUUGUGGAAUAUAAAUAUCAUAGUUUAACUUGGACACCCCUUCAAAUUUGACACAAGAAUCACUUUUGUUUUAUCAACUUUUGUCUGGGUGAUUAUUACCAUCCUAGACAAAUUUCGUAUUUUUCUCUUCUUAUGAUUCUUUAAAUCAAGAUGAUUAUUUUGAAAAAAAUAUUAAGAAAUGUUUCACAGUGCAAAAUAUAUCUGGUUUCAAAUCACACUAUAUACAUCCAGUCCUUUCUAGGACCUCCUCCAAGCCAUCCCAUGAGUGGUCAGUCUGAAAUAUUCAUUUGAUGGACCUCAGUUUGGACCUUUUCUGACCCCUGAAUAUGCUCUUUCAGCAGUUGGGGCAGUCAUCAUUGACCCCUCUACAACUAUUUGAACCUUCCAUGACCUUUGUCUAAUUUUCUCCAUAACUGCUGUGAUCUAGUUGAAGGAAAGUACAAACAACAUGUUUAAUAAUAUGAUUAUCAUCGUAUGUUCUGAGUGAUUAUGUCCUUUUUUGGUCUUAAUUUCUUUGAAAAAUGCGUUAAGUGUUGUUGUAAAAAGAUUUCCAGAAAAAUACAAAAUAUUUAUUUGAAUAAUAUAAAAAGUAAUUAUUAUCUUUGAGCAUGCUACGGCGCAAUGAUCAGAAAUGUGAUACUCUUGAACUUUGACAUUGAAUGUAUGGUGACUUUUUACAAAAAGUAUUCUAAAUAAAACAUAUCUAUAUAUUAAUAAACAGUUUGUUCAGACGA